UUUGAUGAUAAGCUUGUUUAUGAUAAGCCGUUCAGUACGCAGGCAUCUUUCCCGGAGUCAUACAAUACCUCUGUUUUGGAGUAUCCUUUUCUUAGCGGUAGGGAUUGGAAUCUACUUUCUGGUGUACUGGAACUGGUCAACCCUACCGGAAGGUAUCCGGAUAGAUGAGGCGCCAACUGAUAGGCCGACGUUUGUAGCUGGACGUGCUCACGAACACUUGCGUACUUUAACUAGUCAAGGCCCACGAGUUGUGGGAAGCAACGCCAAUGAGGUGUUUGCGGUAAACUUUUUAAUGGAUACAAUCAACGGAAUAAUCGCAGAGGCACAUUCUUCUAACCUAAUCACUGUGGAAACACAGGAAGCAUCGGGGAGCUACUUCUUGGACUACACAGAUUAUCCAAUUACUAGUUACUAUCGAGGAGUGCAGAAUGUUGUGGCUACACUACGGAAGAGAGAUGAUAAACAGUUCAGUGGAAAUUAUUUGCUUCUCAACGCUCACUUCGACAGCGCCGUCACAAGUCCCGGAGCAGGGGACGACGGAACGAUGACUGUAGUCUUGCUGGAAAUUCUACAACAAAUGGCACAGUACAACUUGGGUCUUCAUCAUGGUGUGAUUUUCCUUUUCAACGGUUGUGAAGAAAAUACAAUGCAGGGAGCGCAUGGCUUUGUAACUGGCCAUCCCUUGGCAGCAAAUGUCUCCGCAUUCAUCAAUUUGGAUGUCGCCGCCAAUGGAGGUCGUGAAAUUAUGUUUCAAUCAGCGCCUGACUUCCCCUUCCUCAUGCAAAAUUACGAAACAUAUGUGAAAAGACCAUACGCAAACUCGCUGGCCGAAGAAGUCUUCCAAUUAGGGCUGGUCCCGUCAUUCACCGAUUACGAAACCCUUUCCAACGUGGGCAAGUGGCCGGGUAUGGACAUUGCGUUGGCAUCGUACGGCUACCUUUACCACACGGCCUAUGAUGCAUUUGAAACCAUUUCCCCGGAUACGCUUCAGCACAUUGGUGACAAUCUACUGCCGUUGGUCACCGGCCUGGCCAGGUCGAACGAGUUAUUUGACGUCGAAAGCCACCGAGGCAAUUCUUCAACGUUCUUCGACUUCAUGCAUCUGUUCAAGAUACAGUACAGUGAAACUAUCGCCUAUGUAAUCAACCUUUUGGUGGCUAUUAUAGGGCUGGGAAUUAUCGUCGCCACAAUAGUGAUGAUGAUUCGCAUGGAAGGUGCCGAGCUGACGAAGAUCCUGUUCGAAACCGGCAUCACUUUGAUCAUUCAGACACUUUCGAUUGUGGUCGGAGCUGGAGUGUGUAUCGCGAUUGCCGCAGUAUCGGACGCAGCAAACCGAUCAAUGGCCUGGUUUUCCAGCAUCGGACUGCUGUAUGGGCUGUACUUUGUACCGUUUGCAACCUGCCUGACUUUGGGACCGUGGAUGUAUUUGCGCUUCCGGAAGCUGGAAUUUCUUCAUAAUCAAGGACGCAUUCUACUUUUCCUGCAUGCCCAGUGUUUCAUCUAUAUUGUACUGCUGAUAACAUUAACAGUCGGCAAGGUUCGUUCGGCCUACCUUUUGCUGUUUCCGGUUAUAUUCCAUUCCCUGUCCACCAUCAUAAAUAUGGUCAUAAAAUUCAAACUGAACGUUUGGAUCUACAUUCAGCUGAUCGGUCAAAUUAUUCCAUUUUUCUACUUUUGUACAUUGGCGGUGACUGUUUUCGCCGUAUUAGUGCCCAUGACCGGCCGUGGUGAUCCCUCCACCAAUCCAGACUUCAUGAUGGCUCUCUUCAGCGUUCUUUUGACGCUUCUGCUGUUUGGAUUAUCUAUUCCACUAAUGUGUCUGCUUCACAAAAUGCGUUAUUUUUACAUUCUACUCGGAACGAUGUUUCUGGUGUCGAUCAUUUUGAUGAGCACUCCGGUCGGCUUCCCAUUCCGCGAAGGAACGUCUCCACAAAGAUAUUACAUAUUCCAUCAACAGCGAAACUUUUACCACCAAAAUGGAACACUCCGACGUUCGCAUGAUAACUACUUCCUAUAUCCUCAGGAUCGUCACACGCCGCACUAUCUGUUCGACGCUGUCCAAGUCUGGGGUACUCAAGCUCAAUCAAUCGAAGAAGAGUGCAAUCGCGAACUGUAUUGUGGGUUUCCUUUUUACAUAAAUCGGUACCACCGGCAGCGCCAAAACAGCUACUGGAUGGCCAGCCAAGUUCAACCGAACUUCCCCGACCUGGUUGAUCUCAGACUACUUGAACAAAUGGACUUAUCGACGAAUGUUCGCCGUUUUCGAUUCUCCAUCGAAGGACCCACGCUGAUGGGAUUCUACAUAUCUCCGCUUCCUGCGCAUAGAUUGAAAGCGUGGACCUUCAGUACAGAUAUUCCACCAAGCGGGACACCUUGGAAUGGUCAAUCGGUUUAUUACGUCAACUACGUCCAGGCUAAGUCUCGAAAUAUGUUCGAAUUCUACUUCGACAUCGAAUCACCCACCACGCUAACCAACGAGCCAGUUGUAAUUCUCUCCAUUCACGCCAACUACAUGUACCAUGAGCAGUACCGCACGACAGAAUUUCAAGAUCUGCUUAAACAAAUGCCAUCCUAUGCGCACACUGUUGCCUAUCCCAACUAUUUAGAAACCAGAGAAUUUUGA